CGGCACGCUGCCCCCGAAGCGCGAAGUUUACUAAAUUAAGGGGUUUCGGGGAAUAAACGAGUUAAGUGUGUGUUUUUUUUCCAUGACACAGCAGGCUCAGUUAGUCAGAGGCCGUGUUGGCCCCAAGGCCGAGAGAGAGAGGAAGCAACCGUGUCGAAGGUGAAGAAAGAAGAGAAAAAAAGGGAAGCGAACAAGUGGACAGAAGGGUAGAACUAACAUAUGCGGCUAUAACGAAGAGAAGAAAGGCGGUGGAGGCAGUGCGCUGGCUUGGAUGUGAUGGCGGAGCUCCCGUCUGGACUGCUGGAGGCGUGUGUCGUGGUAGGAGCCUCAACUGAUAAGCUUCGAGACAUACAGCAGAGCAAGUCAAAUGAUCUCCCCCUGCUGGAAGCUGAGGUACUGCAAGUCCACGCCCCACCAUUUGUUUCCAAGGAGACCAACUCCAGCCAGGUGAUUGGUCCAGCUUUCAGCCGCGUCCAGAGGAGGAAGAGUUUCAUCAAGAAGAAGAAACGAGAUCGUACUGCAGAGGCGCAGUCAAACGGAGAAGCAGCCAGCCGCGCUGAUGCGUCGUCAGUGACGGAGGACAUCAGUGUCCCAAAGGAUCUGGAUCUCAUCGCUUUGCCUCAGCUCUGUUUCCCUGGUGGUCUUCAGGUGACCACCGAGCAGAGAGAAGACAGUUACCACUUCCUGGUUUUUACUGACCUGUUUGGCAACCGAACCCAUGGAGUUGUGGUGCAGUACUACAGACCAGUACAGUUCUGGCAGGAAAGUGUUGUCCAGAACAGCCACCGGUGGAAUUCAGCUAAGGCCCGUCUCUAUGCACCGUUUGCCGUGUGCAUCAUCUCCAAGUUCCCGUACUACAAUGCCCUGAGAGACUGUUUGUCAUGUCUUCUGGUCCAGUUGCGGACUGCAAGACAAAGCGACUUUGAGGAGACAAUCAAGGAGUUUUCUGCCAAGCUGUCCAUGGUGCCCCUACCUCCUCCCGGACAACUGCAUGUGUCCUUCAGUCUCCGUCCUCUCCAAGUAGUUCUUCCAUCCAGGGAGGAUCAGGACAGCCCUGUUAUCGACAUUGACCUGCAUCUACCUUUCCUCUGCUUCACACACACAACGCUACUCCAGGUGCUGUCCUGCCUCCUUCAAGAACAGAGGCUGGUCUUUUUCUCCUCCGACUGGGCCAGACUCACCCUGGUUGCGGAGAGUCUCCUGCUGUACCUGCAGCCUCUGUCCUGGCAGCAGCCUUACGUCCCCAUCUUGGCGAGAGGGAUGUUGGACUUCCUCAUGGCUCCUACCGCCUUUCUCAUGGGCUGUCACAUCAGUCAUUUUGAAGAGGUUGCUGCUGAGACCGAGGACCUAAUCCUCGUGAAUGUUGACGACGGCACCGUUGAAUCGUCGUGGUCUGAAACUAUUGAACUACCGGCCAUCCCUGUGGCUGCAGCUGAGAGCUUCAUGUCCAGGGCAGAGUGUCUCCAGCUACACUAUGACUUGGAGAUGUGUCACCUUGGAGCGAGCACCGAUGCUAAUUCCCUUCGAUCCCAGCGCAGAGACUGGCAGAGGCGGCUCAACUCACAGAUACAAAACAUCACCCUGGAGCUGGUGGUCAACGUUUUCAGAGGAGUCCAGGACUUUUUAAACCACGAGCACAGAGUUUUUAACAGUGAGGAAUUUCUGAGGACAAGGGAGCCAACAGACCAAUUGUUUUACAAGAAGGUUUUAGAAACUCACAUCUUCCACUCGUUCUUGAGAGACAGGCUUAACAGGAAACGAGAUACCUUCAGCCGCAUGGAGCAGAAAAUGCAUAACUAUGCACACAGAAAUCGAGCAUUUACAGAGUCUCCCCGUCGUCCUCCGAUGUCUGAACUGUCCAGGACGGGCUACAGCAGCUACACCAGUCAUGAAAACAGACUGAGCAAGAGGCUGGGAGCCAGUCUGCCUAACUUGGAUCAGCCUGCCAAUGAAACGAUGGCAACAAUCAGCCACAGCAGACCGCAAUCCCUCAGGAAGAUGACUCCUGAUAUCGGGUUGAAGUCUCCUCAGAAAGUCGUGAAGGUUUUCCGUCUCCCAGAGUUCCCCCCUCCGUUAGCCUAUCAUUACGUCCAGAACUAUUAUUCUGACAUGGCAGCUUCGCUGGGGAAGGCUAUUAGCGCGACACCGCCUGAUGAAUCUGCUCUGCUGGCCAGGUACCAUUACCUUCGUGGUUUGGUAAACUUUGUGUCCAACAAACGUUUUGAUGCGUUAGAGGACUUCCAGAGCCUGUACAAGACAGACUCGGAUAUCUUCCCCUCUCAGAUGGUUAAGUCCUUGGUGGACUCCAUGCCAGAGGUUGAACGCUUACAGGCCGACAAAAAACCAGAGCUCAAACGACUCAUCAGCCGCGUCAAGAGGGACCAGGAGCGAGAGCGCGCGAGCCACGACAACGGGAUGGAGGAAGGAGCCGUAAAGCGCUUCCAGCUGCCGAAAAAACACAUGCUACUGGAGGAGUUUGUGAAAUGCGUGCAGGAGUCUGGCAUUGUGAAAGACCAAGGAACCAUUUUUAGACUCUUUGAGGCUCUAUCAGUAGGUCAUCAGAAGCAGGUUGGCCCAGAGUUGUUCAGGGUGUUUUACACCAUCUGGAAGGAAACGGAGGCCGAGGCACAAGAGGUGUGUCUGCCAGCGUCUGUGCUGGAGCACAUUGAGACCAGCGAGUGCGUCUUCAAGCUGUCCUCAUCGGUGAAGACGAGCCGCGGCGUGGGGAAGAUUGCCAUGACUCAACGCCGGCUCUUCCUGCUCACAGAUGGGCGACCGGGAUACUUGGAGGUGGCGCAGUACAGAGAUUUAGAGGAGGUGAAAGUGACGUCGGCUCCCUUCCUGCUCCUGCGAAUCCCCAGCCUGAAGAUACGUGUCCGGGGAAGGAAGGAGUCAUUUGAGGCUAAUCUGAAAACGGAGACUGAGCUGUGGAACCUGAUGAUCAAAGAGAUGUGGGCCGGACGCCUCAUCGCUGACCAACACAAGGACCCCCAGUACAUGCAGCAGGCUCUCACCAACGCCCUGUUAAUGGACGCUGUGGUUGGCAGCCUACAGAGCAGUAAGGCCAUCUCCGCUGCCUCCAAGCUGGCUCACUUUGACCGCAUCAAGAUGGAAGUCCCCAUGAUGGUACCCAAGACAACAGCGGAGACGCUCAAGCACAAAAUUAACCCUUCGCUGGAACUGACUGCACCUCAGGCUGUGGAUGUACUUCUGUAUACACCAGGUCAGCUGUGGGUGUCUGUGGGCGGAGGGAAGGUGAUGGUGUUUGAUGCCUCCAGCUGGUCCCUCACACACACCUGCCACGUCGGGAAUGCGAAGCUGAACUGCAUGCUGGGAGUGGACAAGGAUCAGGUCUGGAUGGGCUCUGACGACUCGGUCAUCUACAUCAUCAGCAUGGUGUCCAUGGUCUGUAACAGGCAGCUGACCGAACACAGGGCGGAGGUCACGGGACUGGCCCUGGACACAGACAAGUACAACCAAAAGGUGGCGUACUCCUGCAGCGCAGAGGGAACUGUUAUGGUGUGGGACGUCUCAACGCUGCAGGUGAAGAGGCAGUUUCGUCUCUCCUGCGAUCGCCUGCUGUCCGUCCUCUGCUCUAACGGCGUGCUCUGGUGCUGCUCCAGGGACGCUAUCAUGGAGGUGUGGAGGAAUGGUUCGUUGAAGCAUCGCAUGACUUUGCCAGAACAACACAAAGGGGCGACAGCUACAUUCAGCUCUGCGCUGCUCUUACCUGAGAGGGAGGAGCUGUGGAGUGUUUGUGCUAACUCCGGAGAAGUGUGUGUUUGGCAUAUUAAAGACACUAGCAAACCGUUCCAACGCGUGGCUCUACAGGACUGCACCGGAUGUUUCUGCAUGAUUAAAGUUAAAAACCAGGUGUGGGUCGGUGGCGUGGGCCGCAUCACAUCCAAAGGGAAGGUUUACAUCCUGGACGCGGAGCGCUACCAGGUCCUGAAGGAGCUGCACGGCCACACCGACAAGGUGAUGGCUCUCUGCUCAGCGGAGGACCGCUACGUCCUCAGCGGAGCCGAGAAGCACGACGGAAAGAUCGCCAUCUGGAAGGUGGAGUAGAGACAAGUGGAGACUUAUCAGGAAGGAUGUUGUCAAAGAAACUCGGAAAAUGAAGGGAAGAGCUGUGUUUGGAAAGCGCAGCCAAGACGGAGGAUCACACACCGAAACAUGUUUACACAAAAUAUCACCAGCUUUUGAAAGACUGAAAAAGUGAGCUGAAAGUUCUGCUGGAUCUUUUUUUUUUUUUUUAAAUCCAAAGUGCUUUAACUUUAGUGAAGGUUUUUCUAAUUUUUCAGUAUUGAUACGCCAAGUUUAACCGCACUAGUGUAACGUGUGACUGUUGUGUGACUGAGCCUCACCUCCAGUUGUGAUUCUGAGCUGAAUUCCCGCAGCUCGGAGGAGUCAAACUACCCCCAAAACAAAAGGAGGUUUCACCCUCACUGCGGGAAAGUCCCCCCUCCCCUCCCCUCCCCCGAUUAGAAGUUUAUUUAGAUGGAAGUUGCGCUUUUAACGGACAGGAAAUAUUAUGACUCACGAUGAUGGGAACUGGACUCGUGUUUAAUCCUGCAACAACUGGAAUGUGUUGAAAUAUGCAAAACGAGACUCUACAAUACCUUUGUCAUUAUUAGUUUACUUUAUUUAUUUUUCUACUAGAACAAUUUUACCUGUGGGAAAAUUAACCUCACAAAAAGGUCAGAAUUCUUCUCUACAACCUGCCUCAGAUAUUAGACAUUCAAAUACGUUUGUUAUUAUAUGUACAACAUUCAAGUUUUAUUACUUUGUUUAAUUUACAUUAAGAGACGAUGUCUUUUCAAUCAAAGGUUCAACUUUUACUAGUGUAUUUAUGUACAUAACUGGGAAACAUCAACAUUUCUUUUAUAAACUAAACUUAAGACAAUGCAACAACUCAACAUAUUUAUAUGUGUUUUACUUCCUCUGACUUUUGUUUUCAUGUGUAACUGCAUAUUAUUAAUAGUCUAUAAUACACUUUUUUUUUAAAAGGAA